UGAAGCCUCCAUGCGCACUCAUGAAGACUUGACUUUGGGACUUUGGGACUUUGGGACGGUGGCACCUGCUGACAGAAGGAACAUUUUGGAUUAUUAAAUUAUUAUAUUAUUAGCUGCUCUUUUUCAAAACUAUUUUGCACCUGAAGAUUGAGAAUCCAAGCAGAUGAAAAUGAUGACCAAACCGUUUGGGAAGAGCGGAGACGUGAGCGAGCUGGUGAGCUCCCUGGCCUGGCUGGAUGAGGACGGCAGCUCUCAGGACGGAGAGGAGACCCCCGACAUGGGUCUGAUGGCAGGGGGGCGCCACCACUCCUGCGCGGAGCUGGGCAGUGAGGACAUGGAGGAAGAGGAAGAGGAAGACGAGGAGGAGGGCGGUCCCAAUGGAGGAAACGCUCCCAAAAGAAGAGGCCCCAAGAAGAAGAAGAUGACGAAAGCUCGGCAGGAGAGGUUUCGUGCUCGCCGCAUGAAGGCCAACGCCAGGGAACGUUCCCGCAUGCACGGACUGAACGACGCCCUGGAUAAUUUGCGGCGAGUGAUGCCCUGCUAUUCCAAGACGCAGAAGCUGUCCAAGAUCGAGACGUUGCGGCUCGCCCGUAACUACAUCUGGGCGCUGUCUGAGGUGCUGGAGAGCGGCCAGUCCCCGGAGGGCCACGGCUUCAUGGAGAUGUUGUGCAAGGGCCUCUCCCAGCCCACCAGCAACCUAGUUGCCGGCUGCCUGCAGCUGGGACCCACUUCACUGCUCAUCAACAAGCUGGAAGACAAGUGCGGCGUCCCGGGGUUGGUUGGUGUGGGCGGUCAGGCAGGCCAUCCCCUCAGCUACCCGUCCCCGGGGCUCCCCAGCCCCCCUUACGGCUCCCUGGAGGCGUCCCACCUCCUCCACAUGAAGGGAUUCAAGGGGCAGGCGUUUGACAACCCCUCCCCUAACGAGUGCAGCGGCGGCACCCCGCCGUACGACGGGCUCCUCACGCCCCCGCUCAGCAUCAGCGGCAACUUCGCCCUCAAGCAGGAGCCGUCACCCCACGAGUCGGAGAGAACCUACACGGCCCACUCGGGCCACCACGCCCAUUACCUCUCGUCCCACCACUACGCCGCUUCCACGGCCGGCGGCCUACCUGGGGGGCCCCAGGGCCACCCGCUCUUUCAGGCCGCCCGCUACGAGCUGCCAUUAGAUGCGGCGUUUGACUCCUUCGCUUCCUCUCAUCUGCUGGCUUCUCAGAUGAGCUCCAUGUGAGCGUUGGCUCUACAGACUGCUGCCGCUUGCAUUGUGGGGAGAACCUGAGACAACACCCCCCCCCCAGAGACCAAUCACGUUGAUCUACCUGAGACCUGUCACCUUUCAUACGUUAUUUAUUUGCUUUGGUUAUGAUUUGAAGCUCAUGUCUGGAUGUCUGGAUGUCGUAUCACUGCAGUGACGAGCAUCACAGGGUUUGAACACUGAAAGCCAAGAUGAUGGACAUCCGCCCGACCAGACAAAACAUUUAUUUAUAUCCAUAUUUAAUAUUUAUCUUGCUCAUAACUUUGAUUUUUCUUUCACUGCCUUCUUGGUUUGUUAUCAGUCACUGCCAACUCUACUGUAUUUAAUUUAUUUAUUUGUCCUUCAGGUACUUCUUCAUUUGCUCUCAAUGCUUUUUGGGUAUUAUUGUUGUACAUAUUUUUGAUGUU